AUACUCAAAUGUUUCUAUCAACACAACAUCAGUUCCAUUAAUUUAGAUGCUAGACGAGGGCGGCAGCGACGAAUUCCACCGCCGGCCGGACCCGAGCGCUGCCGAUGCAGCUACCCCUCGGGUCCUAACCAUCUUGUCUUACGUGCUCGAAAAGCUCGUAGCACGAAAUGAUCAAUUGCUAGUGUUGGGCCGUCAGGUUGCUCAUGAUAAUGGACUCAUGAGCAACGGGGAAGGCGACCCACAGAGGGUAUUAGGAAAGAAUUUUAAUGCGUUUCAUGGGGUUCGAGCACCGAAUAUAAGUAUACCGAAAUAUUUGGAGAGGUUAUACAAGUAUACGAAUUGUAGCCCGUCUUGUUUUGUGGUGGGGUAUGUGUAUAUUGAUAGAUUGGGGCAUAAGUAUCCAGAUUCUCUCUUGGUUUCUUUGAAUGUGCAUAGGCUGCUUGUUACUAGUAUCAUGGUUGCUUCCAAAAUGCUCGAUGAUGCACACUACAACAAUGCAUUUUAUGCCCGAGUUGGAGGAGUAAGCAAUGAAGAAUUAAACAAGUUGGAGUUGGAGCUACUUUUCUUGCUAGAUUUUGGAGUUAAUGUGAGUGCACGAGUUUUCGAAAGUUAUUGCCAGUAUUUGGAGAAGGAAAUGUUGAGCAAUGGACCAACCCUCAAGAUUGAAAAGUCAGUUAUUAGCAGUACCACUAGUACUGUUGAUGAUGCCACUGAAAUUUCAGUAGAAGACACUGAUCAUACUUCUUCACCAUCACAAUUGCUAGAUUGAAUUCACGAGUCAGUG